CAAACUAUCAGCGUUGGACUACAUAACCCCCCCUACUACUAAACCAGGUAACGUGGACCCUAAACUUUGCAAUCCCGUUUACUUCACCCCCUAUAGUGGUUUUGUCCGGUGGUUUUGACACGCUGGAACGAUGAGGUGGACUAGGCUGCUGAGAUGGCGCCUCUGACUUGCGGGACCGGUAUGUAAGUGAGGGAUAGGCCAUGGCGGCUCUGUUACUGCAGAGAAUGGCGGGAAGGGCACUGCAGUUUCCCUCCAAAACUGAUGGCUGGGACGCUGCAGCAUUAAUCCCUUUCACCAAACGUUAAGAGGAGCAGCUAGGGUGGGAGGACAGGGAAGGGGAGCAGUGACGGCCAUGGCAACUUUGAGUUCGCGCUCGUCUCGAGCAUCAGCAUCGAGGGCGCAAGGAGGUGAAGCGGCGGAGCAGGUGAGGUCGCCGGUGCCGUACCGAGUGGGGCCUUUGGCGUAUUCGCCUGCAGUGUUGUGCCAGUGCCGCCGGAAGACCCCGUGCUGGACCGCAUGGAGCAAUGAAAAUCCUGGCCGAAGAUACUACAGGUGCCCUGCGGGAAUGGCGCCAGGGGACUGCGGGUUCUUUCAGUGGGUUGAUCGUGAGGCGACACCAUAUGAGCGGACAUUGCUAUGUGAUCUGCGUGAUGCUGUUUGGAGCUUGAGAAGGGAAAAUGCAGAGGCCAACCGGGUCAUUGAGAUGAUGCAGAGUGAUAAUGCAGAGUUAAGGCACUUGAAGGCGAAACUGCAGAAGGAGAAAGAAGAGUUGAUGCAAAAGCUGGGACAAACUGAAGCUACAAUGGUUGAGAUGGUCGACAAGAUUAAGGAAGGGAAUAGAUGCUGGCUGUCUAGGUGCAUGGUUGUGUUCGUUGUAGUAGCCAUCUUGUUUGGAUUAAUGUUGGUAAAAGUGUGACAUUGUAGUAGCCAUCUAGGUGCAUGUUAAGUUUGUUCUUGGUACUGGAAUGAAAAAUGUUCAGCAAAAA